CAGGGAGAGAGAGGAGGGGAGGGUGAAGGGAAAAGAGAUGUCAGGGAGUUACAAACACAGCAAGAGACAAGGACGGACGGAGAUAGGGAGGACAUAACGAGAGAGGAGAAGAAAAGAAAGGAGAAGGAACAGCAAAGAAGCUCAAAGGUCGUUCCUUGACUAUUUCUUGCACCACUGGACCUCCUGGAUUACUGAGAUCAUCCUCUGCAGGACUCUGCGUGUGCAUCUUCUCAUAGCUGGACCCUGUUUGCACGUGUGUGGUUUAGCUGCAGUUAACAGGAUCGGCGUGUUUGUACAUUCAAGCAAGACAUAGUCAGAGGAUGGGAGCCCUUCGCCUCUCUUUUGCUCUGUUCUUCCUCUUCUCCUGUCCCGUCCGAGCCCAGUGGUGGACUUUACUCUGGGCGAACCCUAAAACCACCACCGGCCCUACUACUCCUCCCUCCUUCACUUCUCCAUCCAUCACCUCCCUGGGCCCUUCUGACACCCCAGGGACAACAGAGUGGGCGGUGAAGGAGGACGGGGUGACAGAGAAAGCCCCGGAGGGUAGCACUCAGAUAGAGGGGUCCGUGCUGGUCCCGACACCCAGCCCAAGGGUGUCGAUCUUUGGCCACAGCACUGCAGAACCUGGGGCUUUACUUCCAGAGGAGAACGCAGGUGGAGGCAGCAAAGCCAGGACCCAAAACAAACCACUGAAACACUGGAAGAGUGAGCGAGGCUCAGGAGGUCAUCUGGACCUGACGGAGUUGAUCGGCGUCCCCCUCCCUCCAUCCGUCUCCUUCUCUCCCGGCUAUGAGGGCUUUCCGGCCUACAACUUCGGGCCCGAUGCCAACAUCGGCCGGCUCACCAAGACCUUCGUGCCGGGGUCGUUCUACAGGGACUUUGCCAUCAUCGUCACGGUGCGUCCAUCCUCUCAGAGAGGAGGCGUGCUCUUCGCCAUCACCGAUGCCCUUCAGAAGGUGGUGGAGCUGGGUUUGGCCCUCACUCCGGUGCGUGGGGGCCUCCAGAGCAUCCUGCUGUACUACACUGACAGAGAGGAAGCUUCCCACAGCCACAAAGCUGCUGCCUUUAGUGUCCCAGAUAUGACCGACCAGUGGACACGCUUCACGGUGGUGGUGGAGCACGACGAGGUGCGUCUCUACAUGGACUGUGGAGAGGCCGAGAGGACGACUUUCCAUCGGAAGCCCGAAAGACUCAACUUCUCGCACAACUCAGGCGUUUUCGUAGCCAAUGCAGGAAGCACGGGGCUGGACAAGUUCGUGGGAUCCAUUCAGCAGCUAGUGAUAAAAUCUGAUCCCAGAGCAGCGGAGGAGCAGUGUGAAGACGAUGAUCCUUAUGCCUCGGGAUACACCAGUGGAGAUGAUGCUCUGGAUGACCGAGAGACAGAGGAGGAGAUGAUGAAGAACACACACGAGAGAAAACACGGCACAGCGCAGGAGGAGGACAGCGUUCCAGUCAGAGCUCCACCCACUGAGGCUCCGGAGGUGGAGCUGGAUGAGUACUCCGGUCACCUGACCCCAACAGAGGCCAGUGAAGAAAUGAUGAUAAGAGGGCCCCACCAGACCGAGGAGCCAGGGGAGAGAUCAGGAGAUGGUCAUGUCAGACCUGGGUCAAAAGGAGAACGUGGAGAUCCUGGACCCAGAGGCCCACCUGGCCCACCCGGUCGCUCACCCACCCCUCUACCUGGGCAAGCUGAGCCUGGAUCGAGAGGGACGCAAGGACCACCAGGAAUCCCUGGAUCCCCAGGACUGCCAGGGAGAGAUGGACGGCAGGGAAUUAAGGGUGAUACAGGAGAUCCAGGUCAGAAAGGAUCUCAGGGAUUUGCCGGUUUGGAUGGAGAAGCUGGAACUAAAGGAGACAAGGGAGACCCAGGACUUGGUGAACCAGGUCCUCCCGGCCUCCCUGGGCCUCCUGGACCCCCCAAAUCACGCAGUGUACCCUAUGGAGCCGACGCCCUGGGUUCUGGGUUUGAAUACCUGUACACCGACAAUGAAUUCGUCAGGGGUCAUCCUGGUCUACCGGGGCCUCCGGGACCUCCUGGUCCCCCUGGACCCCUGUCAUCAUCUGACACAGCUGACGGCCUCUCUUCGGGGAAUGCUGGACCAACCGGUGCCCCCGGCAGAGACGGGCUCUCAGGACACCCUGGAUUACCAAUGAUUGAGGAUUGGUUUAGUGGUUCUGGGUCUGACGGUUCAGGUUCAGGCUCAGAGUUGUCCUCUGACCUCGGCUCUGGUUUCAGUUCUGGGUUCACUUCUGAACCCAACUUUGCCUCUGGUUCUGGGCUUGACUUUGGGUCUGCUUGGCUGGGUUCAGGCGAGGGUCCAGCAGGAAGAGAUGGGGCUCCAGGUCUACCAGGUGUUGUUGGAGAGAAGGGUACCCAAGGGUUAUCUGGGCCAGCUGGACCAAAGGGUGAAUGUGGGACUGUGGGUACAGGAGGGACCUCAGGGCUACCAGGUCCAAGUGGUCCACCGGGAAAGAGAGGCCCAUCAGGUCCCUCAGGACCUCCUGGCCCCCCCGGACCUCCAGGAACCAAAUACUUAAUAGAGGAUAUGGAGGGAUCUGGGAAGAGUGACAUGCUCAUUGGAGCUGGAGUCAGAGGCGCACAGGGUCCUCCUGGCAUACCUGGCCCCGAGGGACCUAAGGGUGAUGAUGGAGUCCCAGGAGCUCCAGGGCUCUCUGUCAAGGGCGAGCCAGGGGACCCAGGACCAGAGGGUCUUCAAGGUCUUGCUGGACUACCAGGCGCCAGGGGGGCCAAAGGAGAAAAAGGCAACACAGGAUCCAAGGGUGAUCGUGGCGUUGAUGGACUCAGUGUCCCAGGACAACCUGGGCUUCCUGGACCUCCUGGACCUAUCAUUAAUCUGUCGGAUCUGCUGCACAAUGUUACAGAUGGGAUCUUCAACUUCACAGAGAUCAGAGGACCAUCGGGCCCAACGGGCCCUGAAGGCUUGCCUGGCAGAGCUGGAUUUCCUGGCCCCAGGGGACCGAAGGGAGACGUAGGCCCUACAGGUGUCCAGGGGCCGUCAGGGUUCAAGGGAGCGAAGGGAGAGCCGGGGGUGACAAUUGCUGCUGACGGAUCCCUCUUAUCAGCGCCAAAAGGCCCCCAGGGACCCAAAGGCACCAAGGGUGACCGUGGGUACUCCGGACCUGCUGGACUCAUGGGCCCAAUAGGACCAACUGGACAAAAAGGAGAAUAUGGCUUCCCCGGUCGCCCAGGACGAUCUGGUAUGCCUGGGAGGAAAGGAGACAAAGGAGAUGCUGUCGGCCUACCGGGAACUCCAGGAACUCCAGGUCCUCCGGGCCCACCUGGACUUCCAGGAAGAAUUAUUGGGCUGAAAGGAACAGUGUUUCCGGUGCGCCCCAGACCGCACUGCAAAAAGGGACCAGAGGCAGGGACAUGGGGAGAAUCAGUCGGAUCUAAAGGAGACAAAGGAGCUGAGGGAAUACCUGGAGAGCCAGGCACAGCUGCACCCGGGUUUCCCGAUGGAGUUGUGGGUACUAGAGGUGAUCAGGGAUACCAAGGUCAGAAGGGAGACAAGGGUGACGGAGGUCUGCCUGGUCCUCCAGGAAUGCCUGGGAGGUCAGGACUUGUGGGUCCUAAAGGUGAGUCCAUCGUGGGUCCUCAGGGACCUGUUGGAUCUCCGGGUCAGCCUGGAUCCCCUGGGUUUGGACGAGCUGGUUCCCGAGGGCCCCCUGGCCCUGCUGGACCCCCAGGACUUACACCUGCAUAUGGAUCAGGUGUCAGUAUCCCCGGCCCUCCUGGUCCUCCCGGCCCACCAGGAACUCCAGGAUAUGACAACCUGGUGACUACCUACAAGACGAGCCACGCUCUGAGCAGAGAGACUCACCGGGCUGCAGAGGGAACCAUGGCCUACGUGUCUGAGAAGGGAGGAGAGCUGUACAUCAGGGCACGCAACGGCUGGCGCAAGAUCCAGCUCGGAGAGUUGAUCCAGUCUGGACCUUCGUCCUCAGCGGCGUCUCAGGCCCUCAGAGGAGGUGGAGAGGCGAGCAGACCACACAGGAUCCACAGCCAGGAGCUUCAAGAAGGCAGUAGAGGAUAUGAGCCCAGCUAUAAUGUUCUACCACAGACCUUCAACGCUGUGCCUGGGCUCCACCUGGUAGCGCUGAACGCCCCGCUGAAAGGGGACAUGCGUGGCAUCCGGGGGGCCGACUUCCAGUGCUACCAGCAGGCACGCGCCAUGGGGCUAACAGCCACCUACAGGGCCUUCCUGUCCUCACAUCUCCAGGACCUGUCAACCAUCGUGAGGAAGGCGGACCGCACCGACAUGCCCGUGGUUAACCUCAGGGGUGAAGUGUUGUUCAAAAGUUGGAUGUCCAUCUUCUCUGGGAAUGGAGGCACAUUUAACCCGUCCACACCCAUCUACUCCUUUGACGGACGCAACGUGAUGACUGACUCAGCAUGGCCAGAGAAGCUGGUAUGGCACGGCUCCAAUGCAGUGGGCAUCCGUCUGACCAUGAACUACUGCGAGGCGUGGAGGACGGCCGAUGUGGCGGUGACGGGCCAGGCUGCGCUGCUGCAGACAGGACGACUGCUGGGACAGCACACCCGCUCCUGCUCUAACCACUACAUAGUGCUGUGCAUAGAGAACACAUACGUGGGGACCAAGCAUCAAAGGAGGACCUGAGGAGACGGAGGCAACACGCACACUCUCACAUAAACACACAUGCAGGCGUGCUGAAAAGUGUAGAGUAGAAAAUGUGACACAUACAUUUUAAUUUGAAUGGGAAACACAUGCAGGCACAUACAGUACGUACACACGUCACAAUGCAUAUAAAUGACAUUUAAGUACACAGACAAAAGGCACUUUUGUUCAUACACACACACGUUAACAUGCAGAAGCGGGCGCCUACACUCGAGCACAGAAAAAUGAACACGUGCACACACAUUUGAGUUCCUUUCACUUUAUUUAGUUUCAUGAUUAGUGCCAAUGUGUAAUCCAACACUUCGUAAUGUUGCCACGCAUCCGUCCCAGUCUAGAUUUUAAUUAUUUAUAUUCACGAUGAGCAUAUAACAGCACUGUAUAUCAUCACAGCAAAUCAUCAGGAUUUACAGAAGGUGUUGUUGAAGUGAAAGAUGACUCAGGAUAUCAGGUACUGACACAAGCUGAUCUGAGUAGAACUGAAUAACUUAACAGACCACUCCAGUGCAAGUUUAAUCUCCUUAACUACAAAUCUGUUAUAUACGAAAGCCCUGAGACUUUACAUUUUUAGCUGAUCAUUUUCGUUGAAGUAUUUUUCUACAGUUCCCUGCAGCCAGUAAAACAUACAUUAAAAUUAAGGCUGUCAAAGUAAACGCGAUAAUGCGUUAAUGCAAAUUUGUUUUAACGCCACUAAUUUCUUGAAUGCAUUAAUGCAACUUGGUUGUGUUGGUUGUAGCGGGUAAAAUUUUAAAGCCCCUUGACCUCUGACCUCAAGUCACAGUCAAGUCUAUGGACAAUCAUGCAAUUGACUGAUUGUCGAUUGACAGCCCUAAUUAAAAUGUCUUAAAUACAACGACAAAGUGGUUAGCUGUGAUGUAAAAUAGACUGGAUGAUUUAUGAUGUGCUGUAAACAUGCAAAUCAUGCUGGGUAAACAUGGCCCAUUUACAAAUUUCAACCUCAUUUCAGAACAUAACAGUGUUGUAGUUUAGACCCUUUUAGAAGUUUAGUUGUGUAUCAAAGCAUGCUGUUGUGAAGAAACAGGCUAUAUUUACACUGCAGGAUAGACUUAACAGUUUUCAGGCUAUGCAAGAAAUAAAAUAAUCAGGUGUGAGUCAUUUAGGAUGAUGAUGAUUUCUAGUUAAAGGAUAAGACGUUCUAUAUUUCUGAUAUUGUCAACAAACCCCAUCGAACCCAACGCUGUGUUAGUCCAUCUCUUAAUACUUUACAACUGUCUUAACCCUGUCUGUGGCUCCCAGCCCUACAGUAAGGCCAUUGGUUGCUAAUGAAGACAUAACUCUUAAAAAAUUGUCACAUAUCUUUUCAGUAAUUUCAUAAAACAGCAGGUCACUGUAGUUCUUGGCAAACGUUACUCAAACAGGACGAAAUAGGGUAUCUGUUUGGGGACUAUUUUCAGUGGUGGAUUAAUACACAUUUGGUGCUCUACUGAGUAUUUACAGCAGCAGGACGGUGCAUGUGGCAUUGAAUCAAAAUAAACUACAGUUUAUGUGUUCAUGAAGGAACAUGUCACCCAGUGCAACAGUGAAGCUCAUUGAUGUGUUUUAAUAGUUUUUGGACAACAAUGGAGCUUUAUGGCACAAAGGAAUAUCAGGCGUUGGAUACACACAGAGAAAACUUACAGGGUUGGUUCAGUUCAUUGUUGGUUUUAGUCUUUAAAUGUGUUUGUUAACAAUGAAAAAAUAGACUUUACUCACCUGACUUACCUUUUUUUAAGUACGAGCACAAUGUGAAGCAUUUGGAAACAUACUGUACACACGUGAUGAGAUAUUUCUUUUGUCAGAUGUUUUAUUUGAGUGACUCUCUAAUGUCAGACAUCAGUGUCCACGUCUUCCUGUCAUAUUUUAGAUGUAAAUACACUCUAUGUAAAUGACUUCCUCCCUAGCAAAGUCAACCAGUCACAACAUCACUCAUUUCAGGCCACUGAAAAGCCAAAAAAAGAACUGAAUGGAUUUUACCAAAAACAUUUUACCACUAAGAUCUUAUCUCUAAUUGUUGAAGCCACAGAUAUUAAACAAAUAUUAAAGAAAUAAUUAGUCACGCAAGAUAAAAAAAAAUAAGAAAAUGAAUCAAGGCAAGGCAUAGCUCAGCAAGCUUAGCUUGCUUAGGCUAUAAACGUAGGAGAGAGUACACGGAUAAUAUUGAAAUAUGUAUGGCGCCCCUGCUGAAAACGUGUUGACUCACAAGCUUAGUUUACAUUGUGUUGCAUUUAUUUAUCAGAUUAAUGCAUCACUAAUUGCCAUCUCAUAAUCCAAUAUUAAAGAUUGAUCGUCUUCACAAAUUCAAAUCCAAAUCAGGACGAUGUUUUGUUUUUCCUGAUUUCUGCUGAACUGUCGUCCUGCUGCUUGCAAUAAAUGAUUUGAACUAGUAUCAACAUUAACAUCAGUGCUUUAGCGUUAGUAUUAGAGUUGAAAUCAAUGUGUGACUUUCAUUAAUUUAUACAGUAGCAGGACAUAGUGUGAAAAUCUAGCGAGUUCAGAUUGUAAUGAAUUUGGAACAUGUGUAUAUAUAUGUGUAUGUGUUGUUAUUGUCCAAAUGUUUUUGUUUUUUACUCCGUAGAGGUAGGUUUUGUAUGACGCACACUAAAUGACUGAAGAUUUUUCUCUCACUAAGCUUUGAUUGAGAUGUAGUUCCAGUGUUCUGCCUGUAAAGAUAAUAUAUAGGCCUGGCUGAAAGGCGCAAAGUCUUUGAAAUGUUUUGACUUUCAAAGAAGUGGUAGUUUUUUUUCCUGAUUAUGAUUACUGUUUGAACAAAACUUGAGCUUCUGAGGAAAGAGAAAGUUUGUACUGACUGACUGGUGCUCACUGAAUAAAUGUCUUAUUUUGUGUUUUUUUUAAA